AGGGUGCACAAUGAAUCCUGACUAUCCAUUCGUCUGGUGCCCUAGGCAACGGGGUGGAAAUGCAGGGGCGGGAGAAGGAUGGAGAAGGAUGAGUGGCCCUUCCAUCAGCCACAGAGGAAGGGUCACAACCAAUCCAGGGCAAAGCUUAUCUUAAAUUGGAAGGAACCAUACACAUAUCAAUAGCAAGGGUUUCCCAGGGAAUAUGUUAGAGGAGGGAAACUGCUAGCACGUGAUAACCAAGGUUUGGACAAAAAUAGAGCGCUCCCCCUUCAAGGACUGUGGGCCUGUGAGCAGAAAGCGCCUCCCUUUGCCAAAGUCAAGUCUCUGCUCCCUUUCAGGUGCCUCCCUCUCAUCUCACAGAGGGCCAGCUUUCCAAGGAGGGGGCCCUGGCGUCUCCACAGGCAACAGAACCAACAAAUCUUGUCCACACACCAAGCCUGGCCCCUAUUCUAGAAAAGGACAAAGGCGCUGACUUUAGAACUCGAUCCUCGUAGCCAGAGGGAGAAACACCCCAACGUGCUCACUUAAGCAGUCAGAUAUCAUACUUUUAUCCAGAAUGGAACAUGCAUUCAUGCAUAUUUUCAUCUUCGGAGCAGGUGGUUUGAAAUGCAAAUAAAGCAAUAAGUGUUGGAGCCGUUUCCUAGCAGUAGCUACUUUGCAAACGUUACCAUGGCACCAAUUCAACAGUGUUCUUAGAGGCAGCCACACCUCAGCAAGGUCUUUCUAACUUGGGACAGCCAAGGAAGAACUAACAGACGCAAACUGAGAAAGAGCCCUCAACUGCCACAGGGGGUGAAUCUUUACAGCACCACUGCCCUUUGAAGCCACUUGAAACAGGGCAUGGGAUGUAAAGGCAGCAAAAAAGGAAACGGACCAUCUCCUAGAACACCUGGAAUGUGAUCUGAGCCUGGAGACCAAAUGAGGGUUGCAGCUAGAAGACAAUAAAACUAGCAAUGGAGCCCUUGUACGAGGAAUACCUGGCCAAUUGCGGAACAAUAGUAAAACCUUAUUACUGGCUGAGCUUCUCUCUCGAUUGCUCUAAUUGUCCUUACCAUAUCCGGACAGGUGAAGAAGCAAGAGUUCCCUACACAGAAUUUUAUCAGCUUUUUGGAUUUCCUUAUGGGCCCACAGGUCCUCAAACAAAACACCUCGCAUUCUAUGAACUAAGACCUUCUUCUGGAAGCCUGGUGCAAAAGGGCCAUGCUAGCAGUUGCACUGGGAAUGAUACCCAUCCAGAAUCAAUGUUGUUUGAGAGGAAUGGUUAUUUUGACUCUGCCAUACGCAACAACAAUGGCAUCAGGCACAUCAUUCUGUAUUCCAACAACUCGCCGUGCAAUGAAGCUAACCACUGCUGCAUCAGCAAAAUGUACAAUUUCCUGAGAAUGUAUCCAGACGUCACUCUUAGUAUUUACUUUUCUCAGCUCUACCAUACGGAGGCUGAAUUUCCUGCCUCGGCAUGGAACCGCGAAGCUCUCAGGAGUCUGGCCAGUUUAUGGCCACAGGUCACUUUGAGCCCAAUAAGUGGUGGGAUUUGGCAUUCUCUCCUCCACAAUUUUGUGAGUGGUGUCUCGGGAUGGCCUCUUUUCCAGCCCAUUUUAACCGGGAGAGCGCUGGCUGACAGGCACAAUGCGUAUGAAAUCAAUGCCAUAACAGGAGUGAAACCCAACUUCACUGACGUUCUUCCGCAGGUGAAAGAGAAUCAGAACAUAAAAACUCAGGCAGCUUUAGAGGCCUACCCCUUAAACAAUGUCUUUCCCAGACAGUCUUUUCAAAUGACAAGUGGACAAUUGCAACCCAAUCUGACCCUAGACCCCAGGGUUCCUGUCGUUUUUGUGCUGGUGCCUUUCAGAGAACUACCACCAAUUUAUGUCAGACAAAACCCACAUAAACCCAGGAAUAUUGUAAGGCACUUCAACUUGCCUCAAAUGUCAUUCCAGGAAACCAAUGAUCUCAGAAGGCCUCCCCGUGGAGGGCCAGCGGAGAGCGCAGAAAUCACAGAACAGUUUGCAAGUAGCAAAGUGGCAGAUGAAAAGAAAAAGACAGGGAAAAAAUAAAAUCUACCUUCCUACACAGAAGACCAAACUAUUACUGGAGGACUUGAUUAGACAAGCAACAGAAAUCUGGAAACGUCCUCUCUUAGGUCUGAUCCAAGAUGGAGAUAAAUUGAUACACUAAAAGCAAAACCUGAAUUAUUUAUUAUCUCAACUAUUACAAAGCAACACUAUUUUUAACAUAAUCCAAAAUGUUUCCUUAAGCAACCUGAUUUCUCUCCUUUACUUUGAAAGUGACAGUAUCAAAAUGCAGCCAUUAGUAACUUGCUAAUAUUCUGAUGUAGAUAAGGAAAUGUCAUUAUUCUACACUACCCACAUCAUCUUUCCACUAAAAAAGCCCAUGAACUAAAUAGCAUCCUAAAUUGGUUUCAGUAUAAAAAAAUGUACUGCAAAAUUGGGAAACAGCUGAAGUUACUGACAUUAAGUGCUGUUUGCAAAGGCAAACCAGUGAUUUUCCAUUAAUUGCUAAUCAUGGACAGAAAAUCUUAGGCAGCUUUUUUUUUUUUUUCCUAAAGUGGUUCAAAAUAGUUUGUGUCCAGAAAAGCACUUUUGCUAAUUGAUUAUAUAUAGCUGCAAAAAUUGAUUUUUGAACCCAGCCACCUGCUCAGUUUGAUCUUUCCCUCCUAAGCAGAUGAUAAAGGCAGGAUAAUACAUGAGUCUCCAAAACUCCUUCCAUCACACACCACACAAAAGCCAGGCCACUCUUACGGGCUUUCAAGGUUCCUCCUCUACCUUCCUCCAGCCCUGUCUUAUCAGCAAGAUUGUAGGUACCUGUGCGUAGCUCACGCGAUCACUCAUUCUCUCCCUCCCUCCCUCCUUUGGCUUUUCCUUAGGCUCUAGCACAGCCUCUGAGCAAAAGGUGGGUAGCAAAGCUGUGAAUCUACAUCUCAAUAACUUGGCCAGUCACCACUCCCAAAUUCCUUCUCCAUCCCAGCCAAGUGCCUGCUUAACCACAAUGCAGUUAACAUAUUGUCUUUGUUAGCCCCCCACUCCCCCCUUUUCGAUAGAGUUCUCAAUUCAUAAUUUGUUCGCUUUCCUUUUUUUCUGAUCUCUUCUCUUCUACCAGUGCAUAUCCAUACCUUCUCUUAAAAUCUUGUUCAAAACACACCUCUAAGGAGUUCCCAUCGUGGCUCAGUGGUUAACGAAUCCGACUGGGAACCAUGAGGUUGCAGGUUCCAUUCCUGGCCUGGCUCAGUGGGUUAAGGAUCCAGCGUUGCUGUGAUUUGUGGCGUAGGUCACAGAUGUGGCUCAGAUCUGGCAUUGCUACGGCUGUGGUAUAGGCCGGCACUUGCAGCUCUGAUUAGAACCCUAGCCUGGGAACCUCCAUAUGCUGCGACUGCAGCCCUGAAAAUACAAAAAUCAAAAAUAAAAACACCUCUAAGAUGUGCUCUGUGACAACCCUCUGAGCCUGUACAUUAAAGCACCUUGCUUAUGUUUAAGCUACCUCACUUACCUUUUAGAAAUAUGUGAAAAUGCAUUACAAGAAAAAUGUGCAUUCCUUUAUAGCUUGCUACUACAUUUUUUUCUAAUAUGUUAAUAAAAAGUACUAAGCUAAUAAGAUAGUUUUGCCAUCAGAAGAAAACAUUUGUAGCACAUAAUAAAUACUCCAUGAAGAAGUGGGAGAAGGUAAACAAAGAAAAUGUUUAGAAUAGAAAUUUCUAUUGUGAUUAAAAUAAACACAAAUAAAACUUUAAAAGGAA